AUGAAGUUUGCUUUCCCGCGUUCUUGUACAGCAAGCAGGGUGGCGCUGCUCCUCCAGGGCUCACCUGUGUUCUCUCUCUCUCCCUCGUCUUGGCAUCCCCAGGGCAGGGCACGCAGGCCUCCACCCGGCCAGCACAGGCACUGUGAGGGAUGCUUCAACCGCCACUGCCACGUUCCUGUGGAGCCCAGUGUCUCCUGCCUGGUGAUCAACUGCCGCCUGCUCUGUGGCGCCACCUUCCACAUGUGCAAAGAGGCGGAACACGAGCUCCUCUGUCCCCUGGAGCAGGUUCCGUGCCUCAACUCCGAGUACGGCUGCCCGCUCUCCAUGUCCCGCCACAAGCUGGCCAAGCACCUGCACGUGUGUCCCGCCAGCGUGGUCUGCUGCUCCAUGGAGUGGAACCGCUGGCCCAACGUGGACUCGGAGACGAUCCUUCACGAGAACAUCAUGAAAGAAACCCCCAGCGAAGAGUGUCUGGACACAGCCCUGGCCCUCCACGACCAGAAGAUCCUCUUUAGAUCCUUGAAGAUGGUGGAGCUUUUCCCAGAAAGCAGAGAGCCCAGGGAGGAGGAGGAGACGACGCUGAAUGGCGAAGCCACUUGGGAAGAGAUGGGAGGAGCAGUGGGGGGACCCUGUUUGGGACCUCGAGGCUCUGUGUCAGCAGCUAAUGGGGAGAUGGCUGAGCUGAGUCAAGAAGAACGAGAAGCAUUAGCCAAAACCAAGGAAGGGAUGGACCUGGCCAAGUUUGACAAGUGGGAAAAUAUGUUCAGCAAAGAGCAUGCAGCUUCUGCUUUAACAAACUCAUCUGCCAGCUGUGAGAACAAGAGCAGGAACGGUUCAGCAGAAGAACAGAUUCCCAACAAGAAGGACAUGGUGAAUGGAGAGAGCACAGCCAACGAGAAAGAAGCACAGGAAAACCAGCAGCAGCAGCAGCAGCAGCAGCAGGAUUUUCAGGCAGCUGUGGAAAAGACAGGGCUUGCCCCGUGGCAGGAUGGUGUUCUAGAAAGACUGAAAACAGCUGUGGAUGCCAAGGACUACAAUAUGUAUCUGGUGCACAAUGGGAGAAUGCUUAUCCACUUCGGGCAAAUGCCCGCUUGCACACCUAAGGAGAGAGACUUUGUUUAUGGGAACCUGGAGGCUCAGGAAGUUAAAACUGUUUACACUUUCAAAGUUCCCGUGAGUUACUGCGGAAAGCGGGCUCGACUUGGGGACGCCAUGCUGGCUUGUAGGCCAAGUGAACACAAGGCAGUAGACACUUCGGAUUUGGGGAUCACUGUGGAGGAACUGCCAAAAUCAGACCUCAUCAAGACUACCCUCCAGUGUGCAUUGGAAAGAGAACUCAAAGGUCACGUCAUCUCCGAAUCCAGAAGUAUCGAUGGCUUGUUCAUGGAUUUUGCCACCCAGACCUACAACUUUGAGCAGGAACAGUUUUCCUCGGGGACGGUGCUGGCUGACCUCCUAAGUGCUGCUGGUCCAGGGGGACUCCACGUGGAGCUCCACAGCGAGUGUGUGACCCGGAGACACAACAAGAGCAGCUCCGCCUUCACUUUCACCUGCAACAAAUUCUUCAGGAGGGAUGAAUUCCCCCUACACUUCAAGAAUGUCCACACAGACAUCCAGUCAUGCCUCAAUGGCUGGUUCCAGCAUCGAUGUCCCCUAGCCUACUUGGGAUGUACGUUUAUUCAGAACCAUUUCCGUCCCCCAGGGCAAAAGGCAAAAGUGAUCUACAGUCAAGAGCUCAAGACCUUUGUCAUCAAACCAGAGGUUGCUGCAGAGCUGAGUGAGGGAACAAAGAUUAGGCAUCCCUCGGGACAUGGGAAGAAAAGCCAGGAUUCUCUCACCAGCCUGCCCCUGGAAGUCUUACAGUACAUUGCAGGGUUUUUAGACAGCAUCAGCCUGUCACAGCUCUCCCAAGUGUCUGUGCUUAUGAGGAACAUUUGUGCCACUUUGUUACAAGAGAGAGGGAUGGUCCUCCUGCAGUGGAAGAAAAAGAGGUACUCCCAUGGCGGCACCUCCUGGAGAGUCCACAGAGAGAUCUGGCAGUUCAGCAGCCUCUUCUCCAAGAUCAAAAGCUGGGAGUUUAAUGAAGUCUCCUCCAUGUCUGAGCACCUGAAGACCUGCCCUUUCAACGUUGUAGAGCACAAAACUGACCCCAUUCUUUUGACCAGCAUGUGCGAGCCUCAGGAGCAGCCUCGAGAGAGCCUGGUCUCCACUUUUAGACCUAGGCCGUGAGGAAGAAACACCUUCUAA